CUUGCAGCAGAGCUUCCUCCUCCGUACACUGCCAUUGCAAGCCCCGAUGCCAGUGGCGUCCCGGUAAUAAACUGCCGUGUGUGCCAGUCACUAAUCAAUUUGGAUGGCAAGCUACACCAACACGUGGUUAAGUGCACAGUUUGCAAUGAAGCUACGCCAAUCAAAAAUCCUCCUUCAGGGAAGAAGUAUGUUAGAUGUCAGUGUAAUUGUCUCCUUAUCUGUAAGGAUACGUCUCGGAAAAUAGGCUGUCCAAGACCAAACUGUAGACGCAUCAUCACUCUGGGUCCCGUCAUGCUGAUCCCAGAAGAACAGCCCGCUCAGCCUGCCCUGCCAGUCCAGCCAGAUGGAACUAGAGUGGUAUGUGGGCACUGUGGAAAUACGUUCCUUUGGAUGGAACUGAGGUUUAACACACUAGCAAAAUGCCCACACUGCAAAAAAAUUUCUUCUGUUGGAAGUGCACUGCCACGGAGACGCUGCUGUGCAUAUAUUACAAUUGGAAUGAUUUGCAUCUUCAUUGGCGUGGGGUUAACUGUUGGUACACAGGAUUUUGCAAGACGAUUUCAUGCGACGUACGUUUCCUGGGCUAUCGCUUAUCUCCUGGGUUUAAUCUGCCUCAUCCGCGCCUGCUACUGGGGAGCCAUUAAAGUCAGCUAUCCAGAGCACAGUUUUGCAUAGAGAAGUUGUUAGAGGAUAGCGGAUGAACAUCUAGUACUUCUGGAUAUUACAUCUUGGACACUUUUAAAACCUUUCCUGUAAGGAUUCCAUUCUGUUCAAAGUAGUUUUAAGACUGGGGGUCUCUAAGAACAAAUGUUCAUUGCACUACAUAAUAUGCAAAUAGUUUGUUUUGCUGCUAGAUUCCCUAGUUCUGAAUACUAAAGCUGUGUUUACAUGUUCAUAAUUCUGUCUUUAUAGGUGUUGAAUUUUACUUCAAAAGACAGUAUUAAGUUUUACAUUUCCUUUAUGUUAAAAUCCGUCUGCCAUUUUUCUAGAUGAUCAGUAAGAAUUCAAGAGCAAGAGUGUUUAUAAGUGUUUCUACAGUAGCUUCACGUUUAUACUUAACAUUUUAACUAAAAUUACAUUAAAGUGGCUUGCUUUCAAAGCUAAGCAAUAAGCAUUUUGCUUGAACUGCUUACUGUAUCUUUUGCCUAAGAUUGUAGUGACCUUAUUCAGGAAGUGAAAGUGACGAGUGUACUUCAAAAGACUGACACUGUUGCUAGAGAGACAUUUGUAAACGCUGUAUGUUUUGAGAUUUUUUUCAGGUAUAGAGAUCCUACUUU